AGGUACAAAAGAAGAUGCUCUUAGUCUGUGCGCGCGUGAGUGCAUGUGUAUGCUCGUGAGCCUGCAUGGUAAAGGUGAGCAGUGUUCGUUAGACCAGACUCUCUCUUUCUCUCUAUCUCACCUAUUGGCAUGUGUCUAGGAGCUCAGUUUCACCCUGCACACGUACUGACACACGCGAAGACACACACACUUGUCUAGAGACACGAGAGAGAGAGAGAGAGAGAGAAAGAGAGAGAAAAAAAUAAAGAUGAGUCUCUAGUAGACAAUCGCCGUCUGUGUUAUAAGAAAAACAGUUUUGUUUCUUUUCCCCUUAACAGAUACACAUCCCCGUGUGUUCACUUAGGAGCAUUGUGAUAGUAAACACAUGUGUACUAGCUUCUGUGUAAUUCAUCAAAUUGAUUCAAUCACAAGACUUAAUUCUUUAUUCAGAUGAUAUAUCGACAUCUGCUGUGAACAGUGAUUAUAAAUAUUAGCUGCUCCUUGCCAGGCUUCUGGUCAUAAGAUUUAUAUAGUGCUAUUGCUAUGAAAUCUUCGAGAUUACGGCUCAUUAGUUUGAUAAGCCGUCACAUCGGCAGCUCCAGAGAAAACUUGUAAAUCAAUGAUGUUUGCGCGAUUGAUUCCCUCAGUCUAGGUCGAACACAAGGAGAUGGAAAAUGGCAGAGAGAACUCUUCCGAUCUCCCAGCCAAAUCCAACGAAUCUGGUGCAAAGAAGACCAGGAAAGGCGCUAAACAUUCGGGGAAAAAGUCGAAACCCCAAGCGGCCUCUUUGUCGCAUUCCAAAAAAACACAAGGUCUUGGUGAAUCUCCAUCUCACGAUGGUGUGCCUGGACAACCAGAAGAAGCUACGGUUGAGUCGGCAGUGCCUCAAUCGCCUGACACUGGCGCCACGGGAGAUGCGCCUUUGAAACGCCAAGAACGAUUCAAGUCUCGUUCCAGAAGCAGUUCAAGGUCAAGGUUCUCCGGUUUCUUCAAAAGAAAGAAACGAAGCAAGUCAGAGACUGAUUUAGGUCAAAUGAUGAAGGAUAAAACGGAAAAUGUCCAGGAGUCACCUUCGUGUACGGAUAUCAGCCAGGAAAAACUCAAAACCAAUCUGAAAAGAGUCUCUCCUUACCAUUCGUUCGAUUCUCGUGUACAGCCACGAGAUCGGCUAAUGAACAUGACCGUUCGAGACGCAGUUAAAGAACAGAGACUUAAGAGAGUCCACUCUGCUGGCAGAUCGCCACAACGUCAGAAAGGUAACGGAGAGGUAGAGUCGAUAUCCAAUUUUGAACCGGUUCGAGUUGCACCAUUAGAAGCUGCAAUACCUCGUCAAGAAAAGCCUCCAGGCUCAUCCUCGACUCUGCCCAGAUUAUCCAAGGCAAGCAUAUUAUCUUCUGAUCCAGAGAGAAGCGCCUUUUAUAAGUACUCUUCAAAUCCGGAGCUGAAGAAGCCAUUACAAGUUUUAGGCGGUAAUGUCAAACCAACUGACACUUUCCUCGCCUCUCCAGCAGAUCCUGGUGCAUAUGAUUCUCGUGAAGACGUGGGCGAAAGAGAUUUCGAGGUUGAGGACUUUAUAACUGGAUACGCUUCAAAGUUGGAUCAAACGUCUCAGGGUGAUGCGCAGAAUGACGGUGAGGAUACUAAGACAUUAGUUAACGUUAGUAUCUCCUCGCAGGACGAAGACGUGGUCGAUUCCUCCAAGCCAGUGACUAUUCCCGUCAAAAACAUGGACGAGCAACGAAAAGCUUCACUUACGAAAUUUCUUGAGCUGAGGCAGCAUCUCCCACCAUCUUUGACCAGAUACAGCUCUAUCAACGAGUCUAAUGCGUCCAAAGAUCCUCUGCAAGGGCACAGUUCAAAGCUUCAUUCUUCUAGAAUCGAUCCAGCAGGGAAUGUGUCUGGAACAUCGCCUACGUUACCGCCUUUAAGUAGCACUGUACAUAGCAACACAGAGCCAGUCAACAAACUAAGCUCAUCUGUGGUAACAGCCACAGCGCCAAGUCUGUCUCUGAAUGGCGCCAACGUAGAAAUACCUGAAAUAUCUUCAACAGUUUCUGCCGUUAGACCAACAUCCAUAUUGCUGGAAGACAGCGCCGUCGACUGCAGCUCCUUGUCCUCGAGUCCACAGAUCAAUUCUAUGACAUCUUCGUUUAGAUCAUCCGACCAAGGGUACGCAGAAAGCGACGACGAUUCCUCUGAGGAAAAUUCGGCUUUCUCGACCCCACCCGAGGAGGCUGAGUACGCUCAUUCCAAUCAACUCACUGCUACAGUGCUGCAAAAACUGUUGAGCCCAAUAAAAGAAAAGCAAAAUACUCAGCUCAACGUUCGUGACAGCGGCUUUAGAGGAGUGGAACGAAAAAUAGAAGAUUCAAAAAAGGAUGUCGCGAAAGGAAAUAGUGAAGUACAAACAGGUCAGAGGUAUAUUCCUCACGGCGUUCGAAGGUCUAAGAGUGAUGUUAGUGCCAGGCACAAGCCUUAUCGAAGAUUCUUCCGGAACACCUCCAGCCCACCCGUAAAGCCAAAACUCACCUCCUCUGAGCUAAGCUCACCUGGGAACACGCCCACGGCAAGCCUGUCCGGCGACUUCUUUUCAGCCGUGAGUGCAAGCACUCUAACCGGAACUGAAAGCAUCGGUGGCUUACAUGAAAAACAUCAAGAAACAGUCAAACCAGAGCUCACGUUCAUUCCCGCUAUGAGCCCGGCAGCUCAACUAAAAUACAGACGAUCUUUCACCCCAAAUCGGGCUCUGCGAACCGCGUCGGACAUGCCAUCGCCUGCCGACAAAGCCAUACUUAUCAUUCCACAGGAGCUAUCUACAGGCUCAACAGCAGUCUCCCCAGCGUCCAAAGUAGCUAGCUCGCCGAGUAACUUGAGAAAAGGCAUUCUCAAAAGUGUAUCUAAAGACGGGUCAACAUUGCCAUUUAGCAAUGCAGAAGUUGAUCAGAAAACAGUUGAACCUGCUAAAACAAUUAAGGGACCCGAUACAAAGGAUAUAAUCCAGAAAAAAGAUAUAGCUAUUAAAGAACUUCCGGACUCUUACCCCGACAUUGAAAUAGUACUAGGUUCAUAUCUAGAUAAUAAACCGUUUGCUGUGGAUACUAAUACAUCUAAAAAUGUUUCGUCUCCAACUAAGGAUGCUAGUCCAUCACUAAAAGGUUUACCUAAUGACUCUAUAUCGGCUAUCAAAGCAACUAGUCCUUCAAUAAAACGCCAUGAGAUUGCUCCGCCUAGUCCAAGGGUUCUCACUACCGUGGAAGAAAAAGAGCCAGUAAAAGCGCUGCCUUUGAUCCCACUCUUUCACGGGCUAGAGGUGGGGCGUCACAGAGAACCGACGAGCUCCAACUAUAGUUUAGCUGAGUACAUACAAGAGCAGUCAUUGGCGAGCAGGGUGACCCGGAAACAGGGUGACCAGGAACCGACAAAGGAGGUAAACCAUAUCAAGGAAGUGAAAGGGUGGAGAAAGUCUUUUAAGCGGAAAAGUAAGAAAGAGAGAAAAGACAACAAGAAAGAGAAAAAAGAAGAGCCCAGGACCAACACAGCAGAAGCCGUGAACUACACUUUGAGAACUGCUGACCCUUCAAAGUAUAUGAUCAUGAUAGAUAAGCAAAUUCAGACGUCUACCUGGCUAAUUAACUCACUCACUUCCAAAAAGACGCCAAAGCUUAAGAAAAGAUCACAAAGUAUGAAAAAGUCUAAGCGGCGGGACAGUGUUGUAAGCGACACAUUUGUGCCUACAGAUCCGCCAAAGUACAAAGAGGCGUACCAAAGAUCCUCUUUGGGAGACCUUCGUAAGCCGGUAGAAGCAGCUUCCUUGGGAAUCGUCAGAUUCGCUCCCGGUGGCGCCACCGCCCCUGACAGGACGAACGGUAUUCUUCGUCCGCAGCCAGUGGUGGCAGGCUCUAGUUUCGCCUCAGAGAGCAUCAAACCAGAGCCAGCCCAAACCCAUGGCUCGCCCAAGACCAAGAAGCUGUCUCUCACGGCGGUUAUACUCCUGAAGAAUCGCCUCGCUCGAUUCAGGGAGAAGAAGCGGAAAGGGAAGGGGGCCGAGACGUUACCGAGCAUGGAGGUAGUGACGAGUGACUUCCCCAGCGACACAUUAGUCAACAUGGAAAAUGAGAUCAACCUCAGCAAGCUGGAAAUCAGCAAAGAAACGGAUAUCAUCGACGACAUCUUCGAGCCAGAGUUCUCCUUGGAUUACACCAAGAAGCACAUACGCUUCGAGCCCCUCCCAAACGAGCCCAUGCAGAGUGAGGAGCCUCUGCCCCCUCUCCUCCCAUCGUCCAGCCGAAGGCUCCGCCAGAGGCGAGAGAGCACCAUGAGGGAGCGAAAGAGGAAGUGCAUCCAGUACUGCAAAAAGUUCAUCGCCUUCUUGUUCUCCCAUAUCGGACUUUGCUCUCUGGUCGUGGCUUACACAAUCCUCGGUGGUUUCAUCUUCCAGUCUCUGGAACAAAAGGCUGACGGCGACGUUCGGGAGACUGUUACGAAAACAAGAGAGAAGCUGGUGGAACAGAUCGUAUCCCUGGCUGCAGCCUUUCAGAGAACAGAGGAAGGAAUGGACAAUCUCACAGCAGAAGUGAACAAAACGAUUCAGGAGUAUCAGAAAUUUGUUCAGGUACAGACUAAAGAGAAGGGCUGGGAUGGUGUGGAGGGCACUCAAGAAGAAGGACCCUGGACUUUUGCCAGCGCCCUGCUCUACGCCAUUACCGUCACAACCACAAUAGGCUACGGUCACGUGGCACCCAAAACAGUUGAAGGACGAAUAGUGACUAUCGCCUAUGCAGUGGUAGGCAUCCCUUUGACCUUGCUCUGCCUCACCAACAUCGGUGACGUCAUGGCCACGGGCUUCCGUCUGCUCUACGGCAAGAUCUGCUGCGGCGUCUGCUGCACCAUCUUCAAGCCCCGGCGGCGGCGCCUCCACGUGGACAUCGAGAAGGGCCUGGGCCACCCGCUGGUCACCACGGAGGACGAGCAGCCGGACAAACCCAAAGAGGUCAUACACGUGCCGACUUCGCUCUGCCUCCUGCUGAUCGCCGCCUAUAUCUGCUCGGGUGCCAUGCUCUUCUCCUCCUGGGAGCAGUGGGACUACCUCUCGGCGGCCUACUUCUGCUUCAUCACCCUCAGCACCAUCGGGUUUGGAGACAUCGUGCCAGGUAUGGACAACAAUGCCUGGGCGCAGGAGGAGAAACUGGUCUUGUGCGCCCUCUACCUGGUGCUGGGUCUCUCCUUGAUCGCCAUGUGCUUCAACUUAGUACAGGAGGACGUCAAGGUAAAAUGCAGAUGGCUGGGCAUGAAACUAGGUCUGGUAGAGAAACCAGAAGCUCCUAUUUAGCGGUUCUAAAAUUGGAAGCUCAACUAGGGACAGUCAAAUGAUAUUCAAAUCACAGCGAACAUUUUUACAGAGAUUUUAUCACAUGCGUUUGUGUUAAAAGUUACUAGUUGGUUAAGAAAUCUAUUUUGAGACUACCUGAGACCUGGCAGUUCAUAACAGUCGUGAUCUUAUAUGACUUUGAGUUAAACAGAUUUUAUGUUUAAAACCAUCUGGGUUAUCUGCAGGAGCUCCAUUGAGAUACACGAUAUGCAGUUAUACCAUACUUCCAGAAUCAAUAUUUCAUAAACAUUUGAAACAAAAGAGUACACGUAGGUCUUAUUGUUUGCUCACGGGGAAUGAACACAAUAAAAUAUUUAACAUCGACCUGUGCUCAUUUGUUCAUCUGUUACCUUAAGCCUAUAUUCGUAAAAUGGCUCAUAAAAAUGUACAAUUAAAGGGUUUUCCGUCCUCAAGUGGUCCACACUUCGCUGCAAUAAUCAUAUUUAUAUAAUAAUUUAUUCUGCUUUCACCCACGCAAUAUAGCCUAGGAGACCUUUUUUUUCCUGACUUGCCAUUUGGGAAGUGCCAUCUGAUCAGCUCAUAGUUCGCAAGACAAUCAGUGUAAACUUGUGCGGAAUAUCUUCUCUUAGGGAUAAAAUUAAAAAUGAACAGAAAGUUUGUCGCCAGCAUCUCGCUCAUGACCAGGGCAAUACAGAACGUUUAUAGUGAUCCACUGUACCUAAACCAAACUUCGAAUGUUCUGACACAAUCUAGUCUCAUGACAGGUUUUGGGGUCCGGCAGUUGCCCGAAUCCUUUUCUCUUAAAAAUGUCAAGUCAGCCAUUCGAGAACGAUGGACAGCUGGGAUAACUACACGACGCUGACAGUACGCUCAAAGCACUAGCUAUAUACAAUCAACGAUGUGGGGAGAUGUGCCGUGCCAAGAACAGAUGUAGAUACGUAAAGCUAGCGUUUACUGACCACAGAAACAUUUUGGCUAUCGUGAAAAAAACGUACAGAACAGCAGCAGAAGAUUCUACACUGUUUCCGCUCAGAUAGUUCUACUCAACCAGACUAUCGUUUUGAAAAACAUGUUUUGGUGCAAUAAAAAAAAAUUAGUUGACAGUUCUGUUACAGUAAAUUGUAUACUACAUUAACAAACACUCCCUCCAAUGUUACAGCAAUGAUAUUAUGAACUUAAAUAUCUUUAUCUAAUGUUAAAGUGUUACAAUAAUGGGUGCUAUGCUGAUUGCUUCACAGCUUCAGGUAACAAAAGGCAAAGCAAUAACAACCUCCGUUCGUUGUCUGUGAAACAGAACAUUAAAUAUUAAUUGUUCUGUGUAAUAUUUUGUCUUUUUAAUAUAUAUAUAUAUAUAUAUAUAUAUAUAUAUAUAUUGACCUCGUACUUGCGUUGUACCCUGUACGUUCUAUGUUAAGAAAUAAUACUCAGAAUUGUUGAUUGUUCUAUGCAAUUGCCUCCCUUCCCUCCCUAAGCUAGAUAAUUUAUGUAUAAGAUUAUUUUUUUUAGCAUUGUUGAUUGCAAUUCGAAGUUAUUUUUAAUCACUGUAAUGAUAUGAUAAUGAUAUUUUUUGUCCAUGUUAUAAUAAUAGUUGUUUUACGCAAUGAUAACUAUUAAUCUAUGCAAGGUUGUUCUAUGCAAUGACUAUAAUAGUGUUAUGUGAUGAAAAUGAUUGUUCUAUGUAGACAGUAAUUGUUAUUUGGAAUACUAUUUGUAUAAUUAUUCUGUGUUAUAUCAGUGUACAGAUCAAGUGACUACUGCUCGUACUAUUGAAUAAUCUUUGCAAUGCUGACAGUAUUUUUUUUGGUUAUACUUUACUUUAAAGCAGCGGUUCUCAACCUUUUAAGCUCGUCGACCCCUUUUUACAAUCCCCAACUCUGACGCGACCCCCCUCCCACACACAGAUACAGCAAUAGAAGAAUAGACAAUAACAAUCCAUAGUUUCGAUGGUCUUAGGCGACCCCUGGCAAAUCGUCAAUCGACCCCCAAGGGGGUCGCGAUCCACAGGUUGAGAACCCCUGCUUUAAAGUAAGUCUCCUCUCCUCCCACCCUCCUCAGCAAAAAGUACUAGCUUAAAAGUACUAGCUUAAAAGUACUAGCUUGAGUGAUGUAUUACUUAAUUUUACUAUUUGACAUCAUAAUAGUCUACUUUUCAUCUUCUCGUCACCGUUACCAUUUAGUAGGCCUAUUCUAAGUGCGCCCCCAUUCUAUCUUUGUUUCGUUUGGCAAGGCGUGUAUGUGUUGGUGUGAAAUGUAUUUAGCACUAGACUGACUAGGCGCUUUAAAAGGCCGACACUAUGGAAAACUCGUAUGUAUUUAAAUUUUGGAAGGUGUUUAUUUGCGUAAAUAAGACGUUUGAAAGUUGGUUCGAAUAACAAGAAGUUAUUAUAGUUUAACAAAGUAGCAGUUCAUAUUUUGGUCAGGGAAUUGCCUGCGACAAUAUUAUUGACCAAGUUGCAAUGAUCAUUUUAUCUCAUACUGAGAUUGGAGUUCUUGCAGAAAGGGGGGGGGGCAGGGUCAAGGACAAUCCCAAAAUGUGGCUCGAAAAAUUAAUAAAUAAAGUAAAAAAAAAAAGACAUGUGAGGUUUAGGGUUAGUGAACGAUGAAUUAGUGUUUCAUUCGGUGGGAAAUAAUACAAUAAUACAAUUUUGUUAGAUCAUUCGACGGUCAGUAGCUGUGUGAAAGUGCUGGUGUAGCCAUAGCUCUAAAACGUCGCCAACGAUAACUCUGUGCCCAUCAAAUGUAGAUUUACCUCUCGUUAACUUACAAUGAUCCGGCUCAUUUUUUUUUUAUAAUUGAAGAGCUUCUGACAAGUGUGCAAAAUAAGAGGAUAGCCAUUUUAACAAUGUAUUGGAAGAGAGAACAAGAAGCCCCACUUUACCGGAUUAGGAUUAUAAACCAGUAUAAAACCUAUGUAGGUUAUUCUAGGUGUCAGUUUUUGAGAAUGUACAGCUUGAGGUUAAAUUUAAAGUUUCAGAGACGUAAAAGAACUUUGAAAAAAAAAAUGUUUAUUCGUUUUACAAGUUGCGCACGUUACUUCAGAUUUGAAGAUUAUAACAUUCUAGCCCAAACCUCCCGCAGUAUGAUGGGGGAUGGCAGCGGGCAGUGUUUGAACCCGGGAUUAUCGAGACCACAGUUAAGAGCGCAUAUCACACGACGAGGCAACCAUUCUUACAGAACAGUUGACAUUAGAAACGAUUGUGUUUAAGAGACGCUUGUCAAUAUUGAAUGACUUAUUCAGCAUCGUUAAAGCACACAAAAAAAGUGCUAAUAAAAUAAUAUAAUAAAUAAAAAAGCACAAGUGGCACGCUUAAGUGUCAAGAAAAUACAACUGUUUAAAUAGGGCUAAGCUAUAACCAUAGACUUGUAGCCUAUAUUGUGUAAGUCUAUGGAUAUAACUAAAAGAAUAAGAUGGAUAUAUGACAAACAGACGAGUGGGUCUACUUUUUGCAAAUUGCUGAGAGUUGCAGUAAACUGCGGUUGUUUCCCAACAGGAUGACAUUGAAUAGGCGGAAAUAUUAGAUCUAUUUGUGGUUGAUUUUUUUCCCCAUUAUACUAAUCUAGUCUUUUCAUCGCUGAAGUUUCCAUCGACUUGUAUGUUUCGUCUGCUAUGUGGCCAGAUUUUUUACCUCAGGUUUUUUUUUUCUUAAACCCAGAUAUACUUUGAAAAAAAAAAAACAAUUUGAAAAAAAAAAUGUUUUGUUGUUUGUUAACCUUAUAUUAUGUCUAUAUUACUCUAAAGAUCACGAACUAUGUGUUACCUGCGUGCAUACAUCUGCUGUCCACAUUUCUGACAUCAACAUUUCAGUAAAGGGUUUCGUGUAACACACCUUGUCUCAAUAGCUUCAUCACAAACUACGCCCUGCUUAUGAUUACUGACAUCUGGAAGAUUCAGUGACACAUCCGAGCAUAUAGACUUUUGUUGUCAUGGCAAUUAGCUGUUACUUUUUUUUUUUGUUUACUCAUACUAGUAGACCUAUUUUUUUUUUUAUUGUACUACUAUAGAAUAUCUAUAUGUAAAUAUAUAUACAGAUAAGAGAAAUUAUAUGGAAGUAAUGUAUUAAGCUAAACAAUUGCUGCAAUGCGAUUUGUCUAUGCGUAAUAUUUAUUGUAUACAACUUAAACUAGUGUGUUUUGGUGUGAAUGUGAUGUGAUACUACGAAUCUUGACUUGUGUUGUUUUGUAUAGCAUUGCUUCAUAGCUUUUCAAAUGUAGGCCUACCUACCCCCUACACACACUCACACCAAACACAAAAAAAAAUUGAAUCGGCCUAACCCUGACCUAUAUAAUCAUAUGUCAACCAAAUUAGAACUAAGUCAUUGCUGUUAAUCAUGCUAUUAAAAAUUACACUAAGAUUUAAAUAAGCAA